CUCUCCCUGCCCAGGCUUGGUGGAAGAACAUCCAGGCUGCCAGCUAAGGUGGGUGGGCUCUGGUUGGAUCAUACUGCCCUGAGACUGAACCCCUAUUUACUGAUGGAUCAGACCAAUGAAGACACCCAGAUGGUGCUCGUUGGCAUUCUUGUUGGGAAUGGUCUCCCUCGGAGCGGGAGUGGAAGUCGUCGAGGGGAGGCCCGGCAAGGAGGAGGGAUUCGUGCCGCCACCCUAUCGACCUGUCGUGAGGUUCCGACACAAGGAUGGGAUCCCAGGGAGUUUGCGGAUAAAGGGGUUUUUAGGCCAUAACAAUGGCUUCCAGAGUCCUUGUGAGCACAAGUACUGUGGCCUGGGGCGUCACUGUGUGGUCAACCAUGAGAGCAGUCAAGGGGAGUGCAUCUGUCUGGACCGCUGUAAACCACACUACAAGGCAGUGUGUGGCUCGGACGGGAAGCUGUACCAGAACCACUGUGAGCUCCACCGGGCCUCCUGUCUGGGUGCACAGAGGAUAACCAUCAUGCACAGCGAGGAAUGCUUCUACAAAGAUGACAACUGCAGACUGAGUGACUACCGGAGGCUGAAGACCAAGAUUCUGGACAUGUAUGACCAGAGAUACAUGGCAACUGGCAACCGUGGGAGCCAUAAAAACAACAUGGCCACCAGGAAGAAGCUGGUCGAUGUUGUGUUUAAGCGCUUCGACGCCGAUGGUAGCAGGAGAGUAGACAGCAGUGAACUAUCACAGGUCAUCAAGCAGGAAGGUCUGUUCAAGGAGGUCUCUGAGUGCACCCUGUUUGACCUUCUCAAAUACAACGACAUCAACGACGACGAGCACCUGACAAAGGACGAGUUCUAUACAGCUUUCGAAGUGUUCCAGCUCACCCUGCCAGAUGACCAGAAAUUGAGCAUCACCACGGUAACCGUUGGCCAGAGUGCUGUCUUGAUUUGCGCAAUCAAGGGGGAGCAGAGACCUCCCAUCAUCUGGAAACGCAACAAUCAGGUCCUCAACUCUCUGGAUCUGGAGGACAUCAAUGAUUUCGGAGAUGAUGGCUCAUUGUAUGUCACCAAGGUGACCACCACCCAUAUGGGGAACUACAGCUGCCAUGCCGACGGGUACGAGCAGCUCUCGCAGACGCACAUGCUCCAGGUGAACGUUCCUCCCGUCAUCCGAGUCUACCCAGAGAGCCAGGCCCGGGAGCCAGGGGUGACGGCCAGUCUCCGGUGCCAUGCUGAGGGUAUCCCCAACCCACAACUGGCAUGGCUGAAGAAUGGCAUGGACAUCGCUACCAAGCUGUCUAAGCAGCUCACCCUGCAAGCUAACGGAAGCGAGGUGCACAUCAGCAACGUACACUUCGAGGACACAGGGGCAUACAGCUGCAUUGCCAAAAACGACGCCGGGUUGGACGAGGACAUCUCCUCUCUGUUUGUGGAGGACUCGGCGCGCAAGACCCUGGCAAACAUUCUGUGGAGAGAGGAAGGUCUUGGAAUUGCCAAUAUGUUCUAUGUGUUUUACGAGGAUGGUAUCAAAGUCAUCCAGCCAGUGGCAUGUGAGAUCCAGAGACACAUAAAGCCCAGUGAGAAGCUACUGGGACUUCAGGCUGAGGUUUGCCCCAAGUCAGCGGGGGAGGCCGAGCAGAAGUGUGUGUGGUCAUCGGCGGUCAACGUGAAGGACAAAUUUAUUUAUGUUACACAGCCAACCUUGGCCAGGGUGCUUGUGGUCGACAUCACAGCUCAGAAGGCUGUCCAGACGGUGAGCACCGACCCUUACCCAGUGAAGCUGCACUAUGACAAAUCCCACGACCAGGUGUGGGUCCUCAGCUGGGGAGACAUGGAGAGGAACUUCCCCACUCUGCAGGUGAUCAAUCAGGCCAGCGGGAGUGUGUCCCACCAUACCGUCCACACCCAGCCAGUCGGCAGACGCUUUGAUAGGGUGGAUGAUUUCUUCAUUCCUGCCGCUAGCCUCAUCAUUAAUCACAUCAGAUUUGGAAUCGUCCUCCACAGAAAUGAACCGGCACUCCACAAGAUCGACCUGGAGACCACGUCGUCAGUGAAGAACAUCAGCCUGCGCGAGUAUAACUGCAUCCCCAAGUCUCUGGCUUACUCCCACCUUGGCGGCUACUACUUUGUCAACUGCAGGCCUGAUUCCACAGGCGCCACCCAACCCCAGCUCAUCGUGGACAGUGUGACGGACUCUGUGAUUGGACCCAACGGGGACGUCACCGGCACCCCGUAUGUGUCCCCGGACGGUCACUACCUGGUCACGGUGGACGACCACGAUGGCCUGAUGAGGAUCCAGCAGAUCACGGUGCGCGGGGAGAUUGGCAAGCCCUUCGACAUCCACACCAACCUCCACCUGUCUGACGUGGCCUUCCAGCCGUCGUUCACCGAGGUUCACCAGUACAACAUCUUUGGUACUUCGGGACGCCAAACGGACUCUCUGUACGUCGAGCUGAGCACAGGCAAUGUGAAGAUGAUCAAGAGCCUGAAGGAGGCCACCAAGACUUCCGAUUGGCCGUGGAGCAGUAGGAACCGCGUGAUGACUGGCAGUGGACUUUUCGGACAGUACCUCAUGACCCCGUCCAGGGAGUCUAUCUUCAUCCUGGAUGGUCGUCUCAACAAGCUCAACUGCGAGAUCACUGAUGUCAUCAAAGGCAAUGUAGUGGCGUGGGUUGGCGAGUCGUAG